AGGUCCAGCUGCAAAAAAAAGAAAGAAAAAAGAACUGGAAAAAAAAGAGAAAAAGGAGGAAAAUACGGCGUGACAGUGACAACAUCAAGCUUCUAGUAAAAGGGCGAUCAGACGCGAGAGGAGGAGGAGGGGGGGGCCGCCGCCAAGCAGGAGUUUCAGAGUCGACGGCCGCUUUGCCUGUCCCGAGAAAAGAGGCGAUAUCGGGACAUGCUGGCGGUUCCGUAACGCGUUUCCUGGAAUACGAAUCCUUCCCAGGCUGAGCGACAUGGAGCGGCGGCGGAGAGGAGAGCCGCUCCGUCUCCAUCACUGAGAGGCGCGUCCACCUGCUAUUACUGGAGGCCCGGGCUGCUGCUGCUGCUGCUGCUGGUGGAGGGGGGGAUAUGCAGGGGAAGUGUUUGCAUUUCGGGAAAAGACGCAUCUUCUGAUACUGUCCAGCGCGCCUGAGAGGGAUCCCAUUGCGACGGAGGAGAAAAACCAAGGAAAAAAAGGGGCGAAAAAAAAAACCCCGCACACGCGCUCCGGAGGUGGGACUGUCAGGAUGAUGCUUAGGUGGAGCAGCGCUGAGCCGUAUUGAUGGAUGUGUUAGCAGACAGCAGUCUCACAUUGAUUGUGAAGACUUCAGAACCGGAGAAUGCAAAUUAUGUGGAAAAUACAGGGGUAUGUGUGCAGAGUGGUGAGCUGAGUCUAUGCAGACUCGUGGAUGCUGCGCUCCCUCCUGGUUCUUCACGUCCUCCUGCUGCAGAGACGCCACAGCAGGUCUUCCCAACCCUCCAGAGGACCACUUCUGCACCAUCGCCCCUCCCUCUGGCCCUUGGUGGGGACCUCUCUCUGGCUCAAGCAGUGGCACAUUGCCCUACAUCCAGUGAUGCUCAAACUAUAGGCCCCCACCUUCAACGUGCUCCUCCACCACUUCCCCACCCAACUGCAGGCUCCUGGGCCCUAACAGGAGAACCACAGAAAACAUCCCCUGCACUGACCAUUACCCUCCCACUGUCUAGUACAAUUAUGGAACCUGGCACUGUGUCUGCACUGACAGAGGAGUGUCUUCUUCAGCCUGCUCAAACCUGCCUUGGCUGCCUAAUUGAAACCCGUGACGCUACGGAUCGCAGUACCAUCCAGAACCCCCCAACUAACCCCAACACCAACCCUGAUGCAGAUCCUGGGCUUAGUGUACGGAUAGGGGAUGUAAGCCGAGAGGACUUUUCUGACAUCAACGACAUCAGCAUUCAGUGCCUGAGCCAUGCAGGAGAGCCGGCAAGCCACUUUGGUGAGCAACUCCUCUCCGACCAGCUACUUAGCUUUCCUCUUCCCAAAGCCCCAAAUGAGGCCAAGAGAACUGAGGAAAAUAAAACCACUGUGGACUGUGAUGACCCAGAAGAUGAUGCCACAGCUAAAAACCUGUAUGAGGGACUGCUGCUGGAUAAAGUUAGUGGAGAGGAGGUCCUGUUGGCUAAUGCGAGUCAGGACUGGGGCUAUUUUGAGUCAUUCAUCAGCGAGAGUAAGAUGGAACUGCUGGAUCUUUGCUCCAAGAAUGAACUUUCUGUCAACCUCUUCUCCGAGGAGGAUGUCGACAAUCUAUUUGAUGAUGAAGACGAUGAUUCAACGCUUAGCAGUGAUGUCUGCUCACUUAAGAUUCGCUACGAAUCAUUCCAGGACAACAUGAGGGAAAAAACAAAUGUACUUCAGGAGGAGACGCAGUUCAACUUCUUCCCCAGUGUGCUGGCCAACUGUGCCAAGAAAGAGGAAGGAUCGUCAAUAUUAAAGAGGAGCACUGAGGAGAUCCAAUCCAAAACGGAUGAUCUAAUACUGGAGGCAGCACAGGAAGGAAGAGGUGGUGAUAGCAGUGGUAGGAGCCCGCUUGACGGCUCUCAAGGCUCCCCCAUGUCGGCCUCCAAAGUCAGCUACCUAAUAGACUUUAAUUCCACAGAGGAGUCCGGAGAGUUCAGUGAUGAUAGCUCGUGCACAGGCUCCUCCUCAGACACUUUGCAGGAGGGCAGGUUUAAAAAGGGUCACUCAAAGAGAUUUCUCAGCCCCUCGAACCCUCUAAACUACGGCCUUCGGUCAAAGAGAAAGGUCCGAUACAGCGAUGAUUACUUGUAUGACGUCGACUCGCUUGAGAGUGAAAAGAAUGCUGAAAAAAAGGAGAAAGGUCCCACAGGUCAGAAAGAAGAGGAGGAUGUGGAUUGGUGUCCAAAAAAACGGCGAAAAUCCUAUCGAAAAGAGCCGCCUGUGGUCAUCAAGUACAUAAUCAUCAACAGGUUCAAAGGAGAAAGACUCAUGUCAGUAAAACUGGGCAAGCUUGAUCCUUUGGAUGGAACAGUCAGUCUAAAUGCUGAUACAUUAAGCAAAUAUGAAACACUGUCUCCUCUGAAAGAUUUCUGGCAGGAGAAGCAAAGACAGAGACAGGAACAGCUUAAGCUGGCUGCCAGAGAUAAACAGCAACGGGGUUUUCAUCUGAACGGACGCCACCAUCGGCCUUUCAGUUCCAGUCACCCCAAAAGGAAAUACAAAAUUGCAAACAGGCUUAAGGUUCAGAGAAUUCAAACUGUGGAGCAAUCAGUAACAACACAGGGUUCCCCUCUCUCUGAUCAGAGCCAUGCAGGUGUCACUAAAGAGGACCCCUCCCCCACUGCAGGAGGAAUAAUAGCAGCCACAAGCCUCCCUGUCACAUUAGACUCAAGCUCCACAACGCACACAAUCAGAACCAAGAGCCGCUCUCAGGAAUGGGAGGAGAGGGAGGCGAGGAGACAUGGAGGAAAAGUCAGAAUGAGGAAAUUCAAAAGUGAGGCCAGGCUGAGGAGUAUGAAAAUGAAAAAGGCAGAGGAAAAGGAGGGGAGUGGUGUGACAAAUGAAACGGAUGCCUGUGUCAGUGCAGUACAGAUUGAGGAGCCGGCUGCUGGGUUAGAACAGGCAGACGUUAGUUCAACUACAAUCAAACCCAAUUUCUCUGACAAUACCACCAACACUCAUGCAUCCGAGGAGAAAUUUCCUUUUGUCUCCUCCGCCUGCUCUCCUGACAAAGCACCUUCCUCAGAGGAGGUGGGGACAAGUGUCCCUGUCAUCCCUGGGGGCUACUUGCAGACCCUGUUAGAUGCUACAGAUUCUUCUGGUGGAACAGCUAUCUCCUAUUUCCCCCAGCAGACGUCAAGGCAGCAGUAUCCUUUGGGGCUGUCCCUGGAGGAGAAACAGUUUUCCUCUCUGCAGCUUGCCCAGAGCUGUGUGCUCUCGCCCCCCUCAGAGUCGGAGCUCCAGCAGUCUCCUCAGAAUUGCCCCAGCUUCCCCCAGAUGUGGCACCCGCAGCUCUGUACUAAUCACAGCCAGAGCUUUGGGCCUGAGACCCCCGAGACUCCCAUCUUACCCAACAACUUCCCAGCUGCUGCUGUGCCCCUGAAUGACAGCUUGCCGGUGUCUAACUACAGCCAGCUGAGCCCUGAGGCUGACAGGCUGCUUUAUGAGAAGAGCUACCUGACUGAGGCGGGGCUUCAGCCUGGGGCAGAUCUGCAAGCAUGUCAGUCUGCCUGCGUGGAGGGCCAGGUGCAAUACCAAAGAGGGUCCCUGUGCACAGACAAUGGUAGGCUCAUCAGCUAUGACUCAGUGGGCUCCCUGUCAGCCUCCUCCAGCAAUUACAGCUCUCUCAGCCUCAAAUCUUGUGAACGAGAGGGUGAGGAGGAGGGCCGAGACAGCUUUUUAGCUCACUGCAGCCCUAAAGUGGUGAUUCAGCAAAGUGUGGAUGCCCUUACCCCUCUCAGGGAGUCCUCAGACCUGCUGGAUAUCUCCAACUUCACUCCUGACAAGUUCAGACACUCAUCACUGUCAGAACUUUCUCCUCCUGAGACCCCCAAUCUGUCCCCCCAGGUGGUAGGGCGUGAAAUGAAGAUGGCAGGGAAUGUUGGAGAGUACCAGGAUGUUAGCGAUAUGACUAUAGACUGCAAUAGGGAGAUGAAGUGGAACUGUGAAGCUAUACAGCAACAGGAGCACUCAACAAAUGCAUACACUAUGGAGGAUGGUCAGUUUCCUCUGCACAACUUUAACAGUCAAGAUGUCGAAGGCUUGGACAAAAAGGAGCUGGGAGAGUUUGAGGAACAGUCUGGUGCAAAAAGCAUAAAGUCUAAGAGGAAAGGCAGCUGCAAGCAGACAGCCACAGGGCAAAGCCCAAAGAAAGGCCGUGCUCCCAGAGCUCCAAAGGCAGAAAAGGUCAAGACUCCUAAGCAAAACUCCCGGUCGACCAAAAAGAUAAAGGCCAUGUUAGAGGGCAAGGCAGCAAAGAAUCAGGCUGGUGGUGUAGGCCUAAGUGAAAGUAACAGCACCGGGGACUGGUCGGGCACCGGUUGGUCAGAGAGUAACAGCCUGGUAGGGGAUGACCAGAGAGAAUUUGAAGAACCCUCCAAUAUUCUGUCCAACAUUGUGUCUGGCAUGGCUGAGGUCCAACGGUUCAUGAUGGCCUCUAUCGAGCCUUUGUGGAACCCAAUGUCCGAGGCCUGCAUGCCCUCUGAGGCCAACAGCCUCAACCUAAAGACCCUAAAGAUCUUAGCAGGCACAGAGGCUGACCUGAAAAAGAAAGGAGCCGUACUAACAGGGGCCGGUAGAGGCAGGAAGGCAGGUGGAAAGGGAGGAAAGAACCAGGCCAAAUUCAACCCGGCCCACCCUCUGUUCCCUCAGCUCGCGCUGGGCUGCAACAUGUUCGACAAACCCAGCUUUAUUAACCCUGGGCCAGCACACAAAAAGCUCUACCGCCACAAGACCAGCGCAAAGUUCCCUCGGAUUGAGACACUGAAAGGGAAGCGAGCUGAGAGAGACCAGAAUAAGGACAUAGCACUGAUGACUUCUUAUGAAAAACUGAGAAUAUGGAUGUCCUGUGUUGCUGUCCUUCAUACACUGCCUGGCUCAUUUCAAGAGGGGAACCUACCGUUAAUGAGCCCUAUUUAAGAGCGAGACAUCUUAAACACAAAAGAUGGGACCAUUUUGUAUUGAUGACAUAUCAGACGUCUUUUCUUUUUCUUUCUCUCCUCAAAGUUGGAAUGACUCCCCAUUUCCUUUUACUGAGUGUUUCGUUUACUUCUGGAGUUGAGAAGAACUAAUAAUCCAAAUUUACAUUUUUACGCCUUGCAAAUUCAUAAAAGCUCCACCCUCAGAGUAUUUUUGUCAAUGUUGUUGUACAGGGACAUGCAAUAUUUGCAAGAAAAGAUGAUUAUAAUCUUAAAAUCGAUGUGCCAAAAGUAACAAUGCUGUGUAAAUGAUCUCUUAUAUAUGUGUGAAUAUUUGCUGUUCCUCUUUUCUAUCCAUUGGAAUAUUGGCUGCUCGGGUUGGAGACUCCUUACAGAGACUUGCAACUACAGGAAUUCUUUAUUUGAGAUGUUUUCUCUCUCCUCUGACGAAAGGCACCAACAGCUGGCAGUGGUACACCGCCACUCACAAAACCAAAUCAGAAAGACUCUGAAUUCUCCUCAUCCCCCCCUCCCAACUUUGUUUGCCAAAUUCAAUUUACCUCAACACCGCCUGGCAUGGAGAAGCAACAAAAGAGAAGCAAAGGGGAGAUGAAGGACUGGGUGAAAAGAGAGGUUCAAAAAAACCUCUCUCUGGACCAAGAGGCAUGUUGUGGAAAUGUCUGUGGGUAAGCAGGUAAAUGACAUGUCAUUUGGGGCUGCGCCUUGCUGAAUAGCUGUUUGUACUGGAAAUUUAAGUGGGAUUAUCACUCGUAGAGAUUCUGAUGCAUGCAUCAGCUGUGAAUGGACAUUUUUGCAGUUCGGUUUAUUGUGAAUGUGAAAGUUUUCAGUACAAAUGGAAUCAGUAAUCUUGUAAAUGAAGGAAAGCAUGUCUUUGCAUUCACUCCUCAUAUAAGCUUUUAUUUCUGGAAGGUAAAUAUAAAAUGACAAUUUUCAGAGAUUCCCGUCCGUUUUUGGUUUACUAACAUUGCCUUAAUUUAUAAGUUACACCUCCUGUAUCACAUAUCAUCACAUUUAUUUGAUAUUAUCAAAACUUUUAUUUAUUUACUGUGUAUUAUUUUUAAGAGUUUAUCUGUAAUUUCAGUCUAUGAAAAAUAUUGUGACCAGUAGACAUGGGCCGGUAUGAGAUUCUCACAGAAUGAUAAUUUUGAGUUAAAAAUACAACAGUUUUUCUGUAUCACAAAGUUACACACACACAAAAAAAAUAUUAACGUUAUCUAAUUUAAUGUAUUUCAGUCAAAACAAAAACUCUACUGCUGCUAAAAUAAUAUAUUGACUUUUAAAGUAUUAAUAGUGUUUUCUAGUAUAAAAUUAUUAUAAUUUUGAUUUUGAUUCACAGACGGAAAAUAUAAAUACCCCAUUAAAUUUAGUUUAGUUCAUACAUGCUUAUUAGUUCAAUAACAAGCUUCUUUGUAGUUUUACUCGUUAUAGAGUAACACGAGAAUAACAGGCCUGUUUUGGUUGGUCAAUUAAUCAUGCUGUCUGCUCAAUCUGCUGCUUUACAGCGGCUGAUAAUAGUUUUUAAACAGGGUUGUCUCAAUUGAAUAAUUAGAUUUUUAUAAACUUAUAGUUCUGUGAGGUUAUUAUCAGUAAUUAGCUGUAUAAGAAAGAUGUCCCAUAACAAUGAUGAUAAUAACUAGUAAAGAAAUCUUUAGAGUGAAGGAGUGGGAGAAACCUAAUUUUUUUGUGGAAUUUAGCAAACUAAAUUAACUCAAAAAAGGGUAAUUAUUAAAUUUAUUCUCUUUUGCAAGCAAUCGUUAAUCUGUAUUCCCAUGCUACAGUUCCUACCAUACUGCUACUUUGUCCGUCGAGCUUGAUCGGCUGCAACUGUUAAAUAAAACUGUUGGAUUUUUUUUUUUUUUUUGUUGAUCAGGCUGUCAUUUAUAAAAAGCAGAAUUGCAGAUGGUCCCAUCCUGUGCUUUUCUUUAUAUUUUGAAAUUAUAGCUGUGAUAUGCUGGCCAUGCAAACUAAUAAACCCAGUGGCCUUCCUUUAGAAAUAACUUCAUCUUGGUAAAACAUUGGCUAUUUUCCAGUUCUUUGUAAUUUGUGCCUCAUAUUUAAACAUUUUCAGUUUAAAAUGUUCUAAUUUACUAAAUGAAGGGUUCCCCCCCCCCCCGACUAGAACUUAGCCUACCAAUACUCUGAGGAUUUCUUUGCUCUUUCUUACUUACUGUGAUAUAAAUUGUCUUACAAGUAAGGGCUCUAUUGCUAAUUAUAACUUUACAGACGUUCACUUUGAAAAAAAUUCCUUUUGAUAAAAGUUAUAAAGUAGGUGGCUUUUUUAAAUUUCAUAUGAUCUGUGCCAAAUAUUUUUUUUCAAACUGCCAAGUUUGUUUUUCAUAUAAGCUGGCUGGCUGCCAAUCUGAAACAACUGGGGAAGGGGAAGCUAUGUAUUUCUCCAGCUAAAGCUCACAACUAUUACCCUGACACUUUCUGUGUCGUCUUAUGAGACGUGCUUUGAAUUGUUGUAUUGGCAUGACAGAACAGUUUCAAUAGUUUUUCAAACAGAAACAUUUUAAAACCCUGUCGAACCUUAAUACCAGGAACCGGCCCAUGCCUACUCUACUGAGCAGUAAUAUAUGACCACCAUUAUAAUGAUCUAUUUCACAGCCAGCAUGUUGACUUUAAUGAGCGGUGAAAACAUUAGUGUGUUAAGAAGGGCUGCAUUCCACUAAGAUGAAGUUCCAGUUUUGCACACAUUCUGCCUAAACAACUCGCACAGAUCCAGCAGUGGAAUGCUGCCCUCUGUGAGACAUCUAUGGCUUCACUGCAUGUUUAAUUCAAAAUGUCUGUCACCUCCCUUUGGGCUCAUUCUCUACCUCAGAGCACCAAACAAAAGUUUAGAAAUCAGAUUUAAAAGUAGACCUAACAAUCAUAUUUAAUAAGAAAUUAAAUGUUUAGAUUAUAUUUCAUAACCUACAUUCAGGACAAAUGCAGAGCCAAUCAAGCAGUUGAGUAUCUUACACAUAUCUACCGAGGCAAGGUCUAUGUUUUUUUUUCUCUGUUUUGAACAUUAAAAUUUUGAACACAGCAGUAAUUACAUAAGACUGCAUGGAGAGGUACCGGCAAACUGAUUGAUUGAUUCCAAAACAGCCUUUGUCACAUUGAAUAUGGCAUCUCUGACACACAGGUUAUAGAAAUUGAUUGCUUGCAUACGGCAAGGAUCAUAAUCAAUCUUUUUGUGUCUCUUUUUUUCCUUUCUACUCUGUCAUGAAAAGCUGGUUACUUUCUAUAGUGUAUCAGGGUUAGGGCCAAGACAAGCUGCUGAUGGGAAGCUCCACAUGGGCUGAAGGCCCAUUCAGUCUGCCUUCUCUCAUUUCUGCCUAUUGUCAAAUUGAAUGUACUUAUCUAAGUUCAUCUAAAUUUUUAUUUGAUCACUUUACUUUUUUUCUUAGUUUUUUUUUUUCUUUAUGUUUAUAAAAUGUGCCACUGUUGAGCUGCCUCAUGUUAAUGGUGCUAAGAAAGCAGAAAAUUCCUUUCUUUGGGUUUGACUUUUUUUCCCAGCGUUAUCUAAAAGAAAAAAAAAGAGAAAUGCAAAACAGAUUAGGUACCUAACCCUGUUUAUGAAUGUAUAUUACGAUGUUAUGUUUUGUUAUGUUAUGUUUGAUGUAUUCACUUCAUGAUUCUUUGACACUGAUUGGAAUUACUUUUGCUCUUUUCAUUAAAAGAAUACCGAGCUUUAUAUAUACUGUCUAGAGUUGUUACCAGAAGGAAUCUUAAUGAACUCUUGACACUACAAAAUCUUGUAUAUUUUUUGUGUGCCAAUUUGUAACAUAUUUUGUAAGUGUAUAUUUUUCUUAGAAAGUGCUGUGAAGUAUUUGUGUGUGUGAGUAACCUUUUAUGCGCCUCUGUGGGCAGUGGAAAGGAUAUACGACGACACGUUUCUGGUUUUAAAAACCAAAAUAUGAAAGUAUCAACAGAAAAACUAGAAAUAUUUACAUUUUGUUGGGAGUUUUGUAAUAAGAUCAUGAUCUUGUUGUGAGAGUGUUGUGUUACUGUGCAAAACACAAAUAAGCAAAGAAAAAAAAACAUGAAAUCUUGGGGAAAAAAUAUAAUUUGUGAACAAUUUGCUGUUUUAUAGAUUUUCAUGUAAAUUAUUUGAGUAUUACUUUGUUUUUGUUUUUUGUUUUCUUUUUUUGUUGUAACUGUUGCAAAGGUUUUAAAUAUUUGUGAUCAAGCCUGUAUGGUGAUAAUGUAAUAUUGGUAACUUGCUGAGUUUUGUAAUAAUGUUUAUGGAGUAAAUAUACAAAUUAAAAUAAGAUUUUGAAUGCUGCUUUCUGAAGA